CCAACCGAAGGGGUUUCUCUCAAGCCAAACCCUGCUCUCGCUUUCUCUCUCUAGGGUUUACUUUCUCCCACUUAGGGUUUUAUCCAUGUCUCUCAACCUCAUGGAUCUCUCCAAGAAACGCAAAACGGAAGAGAACGGCGGUUACCCUGCGCCGACUUCCCUCAUCGCCGACCCGAAUGCAACCCUACCACCUUUCCCGAGCCCGUUAUCGCCGGAAGACGUCAGCAAAAUCCUGGACCCUUUCACUAAGGAACAACUCCUUCCCAUCAUCCGUGCUGCCAUCGUCCGCCACCCCGAUGUCUUGGAAGCCGUGCGUUCUGUCGCCGACUCCGACCCGGCCCAAAGGAAACUCUUCGUUCGCGGUCUCGGUUGGGAAACCAACACCGAGAAGCUCCGUGCUGUUUUCUCAACUUACGGCGAAUUGGAUGAAGCUAUCGUCAUCAGCGAUAAGAACACCGGGAAGUCGAAGGGGUAUGGAUUUGUUACCUUUAAGCAUAUUGAUGCUGCUAUUUUAGCGCUUAAAGAACCCAAUAAGAAAAUCGAUGGGAGAAUUACGGUUACGCAGCUCGCUGCAGCGGGUAAUUCAGGGAAUUCACAAUCAGCUGAUGUGUCUUUGAGGAAGAUUUAUGUUGGCAAUAUUCCUUUUGAGAUAUCCUCUGAGAGGCUGUUGAGCCAUUUUGCAAUGUAUGGGGAGAUUGAGGAGGGCCCGCUUGGAUUUGAUAAGCAGACUGGAAAGGUCAAAGGUUUUGCCUUUUUUGUUUAUAAGACGGAAGAAGGAGCGAGAGCUUCAUUGAUGGAGCCAAACAGGGUUAUUGAUGGGCAUGUCGUGGUGUGUAAAUUGGCUACUGAUAAUAAAAAGAUGAAGCAGCCCCAAAAUGUUGGGCCUGGAGGCGGAAUGCCGGGGAUGCCGAAUGCUGGUCCUGGAGGAAUUCCCAGUGAUGGGACUUAUGGGGUUCAUGGUGGUGGAUAUGGGCCAUAUGGAGGGUAUUCUGGUCCUGGAUUGCAGCAGCCGCCACAGCCUCAGCAACAGCCAGGGAUGAUUCAGGCUCCACAGCUGAAUGCUGGGGUUGGCGGGCCUGGGGGUUUUGGGCAAGGGACUGGCUUUGGGGGAUAUGGGCAGGGUGGUGGACAGUAUGGUGGUGGUGGAGGAGCAGGGUCUGGGGAGUAUGGUGGUGUUGGUGGAUUGAAUAACCCUGGUGGUGGGUACAGGAUGCCUCCCACCUCAGGUGGGAUGCCAACAUCUGGAGGGUAUGCUGAUGGAGGGAAUUAUGCUUUAUCAUCAACUUACCCAUCACAGAUAAACCCGCAAGGAGGAGGACCUAGGGUUCCACCAGGUGGGAUGUACCAGGGCAUGCCACCGUACUAUUGAGGCAGAGAUGCUUACACCUGAACUCGAUGCCUCUGGAUAUUUCCUAUUUUUGGCUGGGGGACUGGUGCCAUGAGAGUGUUGGUAGUUUGUGGAGCUACUAGACACCAAAAUGCCUGUGGUACCUGCAAACGGAAAACUUGUAAUCCUUCCGCCUUGCCAAAAUUGUUGCCCGUGCAGCUAAUGAAUUGAAGCCCGUCACAUUCUGACACACUUAUGAGCGGGACUCCAGCCAUAGAUAGAAAUGCCUGUGAUACCUGCAAAAGGGGAACUUUGUAAUCGUUUCUGCCUUUGCCAAAAUUGACGCCCCUGCAGCUAAUGAAUUGAAGCCCGGUCACUUUCGAUGAGACUUAUGAGCAGGAUUCAAGCAUAGAUAGAAACGUAUGGCUGUGGUUCUUGCUCGGUGAAAUUUUGAUUGCCCUUCAGUUCAUAAAAGAACAGUUGUGUUGUAACAUUUCAAGUACUACUGUGUACUUGGUCAGUGUAAAAACAUCUUGCCAUUGACGAUUAGAUGUAUGUGGAAGCAGAAGCUGUAUAAGUUGCUCAUAGCAGCUUAUAGGUUUUAGGCAAAGACUGAAUAUGUAACUUGUACAAAAUCCUCGAGUAAAUUAUGGAACAAAGUUAGCAAUUUGGGAGGAAUUGACUA